CUGGCAGGUAAGAUAUAUCUAGAUGCUCUUUGAACACAAUGCAUCUUUGGUUCCAACAAACACGCUCAAAUCAUCACUGUCCCUCGUACUACACUCAGCCCAUUUCUGAAUCGGCUUUUCGCGAUCAAUUACUCUUGUUCGUCGAACGAUCACCACCACGACAACAACUACAGCAGAUAUGAAGGUCCUCCUCAUCGGCGCAACCGGAAAUGUAGGCCUUCGACUUGUCUCCGCUCUUCUCACUCACGGUCACAAUGUCGUUGCACACGUACGAUCUGUUCAAAAGCUUGAGUCUCUUCUCCCAGAGUCCGUUUACCGCCAGCUGUCCGUUAUCGAGGGCAGCGCGUUCGACGCAAAUUCCAUAAAAAUCGCCAUAUUGGACAACAACUGCGAUGCCGUUGUCAACUCCGCCGGUCUUGCAGCAGUGACUCCCUGGGGCAAAAGCGAUCUUCCGAGAAUUGUCGCCGCCGUUGUUGAAGGUGCGCGACAAGCUGGUGCUGAGCGAAAGAAGCCGUUGAGAGUAUGGUUCCUUGGUGGAAUGGGAGCACUCCAGUUUCCAGAAGCGAACUCGCUGUUGUCCGACCAUGUCCCCAUCUUGCUUGACCAUUGCAGGAACUUGGCUUUACUCAAAUCUCUUCCACCGAAUACUCUCGAUUGGUCUAUGCUCUGCCCAAGCAACAUGGAUCCAGAGUCCUCGGAUUUCAGUGUUCCUACGAAGAGCUCGCAUGCAAAACUGACGUCCAGUGCGCAGACACCGCCAUUAUGGAAAGAUUCAUGGCUCAAGCACAUCCCACUGAUCGGGAAGAUCAUUGUCAUCGUGAUGAACAUCACUCGUUACGGUACCACUCUAGAGCAAAACGCCGAUUUUAUCGCCACUGAUUUGGAGACCCUGGACAGUCCGUAUAUUGGGACUCAAGUGGGAAUCAUCGACGCGUCGAAGUGAUGAAGUGCGAAAGUUUUAUGAUUACAUUUACAUAGCGUUUCAGCGUUCGCGAUAGAAUACCUGAUAUAUAAAUAUUCAAGACUUCUUACCGAG